UUUGCAGCCGUUUUGCAAGUUCUUUUGGGCUGUCAGACUGCCGUCCUGAUGAUGUAACAAUGGCUGCCCUCGGCAGAACUGUAGGAAAUGACAACACUUCUAAAUUUCAAUUAAUUGCCCAAAAGUUUUCGUCCCUCGUAUAUGGUCGUAGUGAGGGAGACAGGCAAAUUGUUAAUGCACUGCUCGACGAUUUGAACGCCCUCGACUUUAGUCGGACCGUCGUUACGAAUGUCGAUAAAGCUGUUUUGAUCAUUAACCAGUGUUGUUCGCUUGUUCCUUCAAAUGACACUUUUCUGGUUGCCAAAGGCUGUCACCUCAUCAAUAAUCUUGUGGAGAAACAAGAAGUUCGAGUCGAAGGCCGUACUUUGACAGUUGCAAUACAAUGGUGCAUUCAGGCCCUCAAACAAUGCCCAAGUGUUGCUUCUCAAGAUGUUUUGGCUGCCCUUGGAGUUCUUAUCAGAGGAAAUGGCUCAAAGGUCCAAGAGCACAGCCAAGCAAUUCUCGCCAUUUUGUCUCCUCUGCUGAAUACUACACUUGAGUUCAGUGGCCUUUCAUCUCCAUGGGAGCUCAAAUUAGCAGCCCUUCAUUGCCUUGAAGCAUUAAGCGCUCCACCCGUUGAUGGCACUCCCUCAGAAGCAGAAUACCUAGAAACCUGUCUUAAAUUAUUUUGCAACCAGCUCAACAUGGACAAACAUCCAGAUCAGCAUGAAAGUAACCACUGUAAGAUUAUUUUGCCUGCCUUACGAGGAAUUGAAAAUGUGGUUGUUCAAUCAUCUGCUACGGGCGACCUGGUUGGAGAUGUAAUAGGCACUUCAAAGGCUUUUAUGUUGUUUGGCUUACCUUCUUAUCAAGCCAUAAAACCAUCUAGAGUAUUACCAGCUGCUGUACCGAUUUGUGAUGUACCACCUCCAGUGGCCCGGGGUCCAAAAACAAUAAAAGGAGUGGGAAGCCGCACAAGGCCGCCCAGAAAACGGUCAACACCUGCUAAAAAGAAAUCUGAUUUAAAUGAGGAUGAUGAUGACGGUCCCCAUAUGGCUCCAUCCUUGCCACCUCAGAUUCCCCACUCAGAUGUAUCAUGGCCAUAUGGAUCAACUGGGCUUGAUUGCUCUUGGAGAACUAGUGAUUCUGAUUAUUCUGAUUCUGAGGCACCAGGAUCCCGACUACGCUCGCAUCACGCCCGAAUCCGCCAAGCUUCCUUGCAACUUUUGCUUGCACUAAUCAAGGUAACUGACAGGCGAGUCAUGUGCGGAUAUUGGUGGAGCCUCCUGCCUGAUGGCUUACAAGCAACAAACACUCGGACACUCAUCACUUGUCUUUUGAGAGACCCUUCCCCUCGAUGCAGAACUGCCGUUCUUAUUGUGCUGUGGACCUUGUUAGUUGGAUCUAGGUCAUAUUUACAACAGGCAGAACAUGGGGAUCCCUCUGGGUCUUUCAUACCAUUUUCUGUGUCCUUGGGGAACAUGUUGCGAGAGCUCCAUAGAUCAUUAGCUCUAGCCCUGGCAGCUGAAAACGCAGUGUUAGCACUAACUCAGUUACUUCGAGUUGUUGCUAUUCUUGUUCAGAAUACACCAUAUCACAAAUUACAACCAGGACUCUUAACCAAAAUAGUUCGAUCAGUCAGACCACUAACUGUCCACAAAGAUGUGAAUAUUCAAGUUGCGGCCCUCACUGUCCUGGGGGCAGUUGUUGCUGUUCUUCCAUCUGUGCCUGAGCUCACAUUUUGUCUGAUGAGACCUCGUUUUGCUCUAUUUCUUAACAAAGGAUCAAGUAGUCCAGGAGUGAGGAAAGGGGUGCAAAGUGAAGGAGAAUUUAGUGGAGAUGAUGAAGAAGCCUAUGAAGAACGUGAAGAAGUUGAAUUAGAUGCUGAAGAAGUUGAAAUGGAACAGAUCAAAUAUUCCUCAGUGGUACAGAAUAUUAAUACAUCUGACAUAGACACUCCAGCUCAAAGCAUUGCAGGUUCUGGCUUACCAUGGAUUCUAGAGCUGUGUUUGAGAAAUUUGGGGUGCCAGUCAGGUUCAAGUGGAGGUGUCACUAAAUUUGAUGUAAUACCAGAAGGCACCUUUGCUGCUGCACCUGUUCGUGUGGAAUCUCUUCAAGUCAUAGGGGCCAUGGCUACCUGCCAUUUUGCCAGUGCAAUAGCACCCAAUAUUUCUGUACUACAAAACGCUCUUGAAGUUGCUUUAAAAGAUACUGAUGAGUCAAUUCGUCUUCAUGCUGCACGAGCUGUAGAAAGCAUUGGACUAGCCAUGCAUAAAUCUCUGGAAGAUGAAAAUGGCCAAACAAUAUCAAUGGAAGUCAUCACAUUAUUUUGGAGAGAACUUCUGAGCAGUUCAGUUACAUCAUUAGUUCAGUGUGCUGAUCAGCCUUCAUUGAGAGCUGCUGCUUGUGAUUGUUUAGCCAAUAUAGGAGUGAGUGUGUUUGAGAAGUUGUCUGCAGACCAACAAAUUCUUAGUUUCACGCUAUUGUUUGGAUGUGUAAAUGAUGAAGAAAGCCUCGUUCGAGCUUCUGCAGUUCGGGCAAUUGGACUCUUUUCACUGUAUCCGUGUUUACGCAAGGACAUCCAAUUUACUCUGGAUUCAAUUGAAGCUGUUUCUCAGUCUUUGAAGGAUGAAAAUCAAAUAGUUCGAAUGAAAGCUUCAUGGUCACUGGGCAAUAUAAGUGACUCCUUAGUUUUUAACAGAUCGGAAGGCUGUGAGGAGGUUCCCAGUAAUGUGUUGCUUGAGCUUCUUCAGGCGAGUGUUACAGCCUCCCUUGAUAGUGAUAAAGUGAGAGCAAAUGGGGUCCGUGCUCUUGGAAACUUUUUAAGAUUGGUUUCAGCCGAUGCAGUUAGACAACAUGGUGUUGAAGUAAUUGAUCGAGCUGUUAAUGCUCUUACUCGUAAUGCGUCUGUUGGAAGCAAUAUGAAGGUUCGUUGGAAUGCUUGUUAUGCAAUAGGUAAUAUGCUUAAAAAUCCAGAAUUAUUUGAACACAAUAUUAACUGCCAGACAACAAUUUUUCCUGUACUAUGCAAUUUAGUGCACAAUUUCCGGAAUUUUAAAGUACGUAUAAAUGCUGCUCUUGCUCUAGGAGUACCAGAGCAUCGAGCACUUUAUGGUCAGCAUUUUGCAGCAGUAUGGGCUGCACUUCUUGCUGGCUUGGAUAAUUCAGAACAUAUGGCUGAUUUUAAUGAAUACAAACAUCGAGAUGCUUUGCUAGAUCAGAUAUGUAGCUCUUUGUGCCAUAUUGCUGCUUUAGUCACCGUAGAAGAUUUAAAUGGUCUGCAUGAUGAAUUGGUUCUUCAUCAAGAAUCACUUCAACAGCACUUGAGAAGGAUGGAAGAUUCUGUCGUACCAGAGCGAUCAGGCAUCUUCUUGGGUGCUGCCAAUCACGCCAACCAACUACUUUCCAAUCCCUCUCUAAAUGGAGUUCAAAGAACUUCAGCCCUUAUGCUGCACACUGUGUUUUCUUUAAGCCAGGACAAGCUUACUUACUAAAUAUGUCUAGGUAUGAAUUGUGAUUUUUGAGUUUAAAACAAAAAUUGCAUUAGAAAGAACAAACUGAAUUUUAGCCUCAAGUUGGUCAUGUUAUAACAAUCUUUCUGUGAUAUAUGAUAUGUAUGAAUAUUUAAUUAACUUGACAUAAAAAUGUUUAUACCAAAUCAAGGUAGGCGGAUGCUAAGUGUGCAACAGCAGGGAUUUAUAUAUUUAUUUUAUUAUCAAUUUGAAAAAAAAAAAAUAACUUACAAUGUAAUGAUGAUGCAAAAGGGAUCUAACCCGCAGCUUGGAUCAAUAAACAUUUUUAGUCACA